GAAGGGCGGCCGUCGCGUAAGCUACGUAGCCACGUGCACCUCCACAACUUGCGCUUAGUUCUUCACGAACUGUGUGGGAGGUUAGUCCGUUACAUGAAUAUCAUGUUGCUACACUGUCAUGCGCUAUGAUCGGAACGUUUCUUGAGUGGAAACAGUGACGCGUGCGUGUACUGACGCUCCACGUGAUUUUGACAGUCGACCCGAGGAGCCGGUGUGUUUUUUUUUCUCGUAUUUAUCAGCGGUGCGAUGCGCCCGGCUUGAAGCGAAGGCGAAAGUGUUCUAUUACGAUAAGUCCACCUGAAUGAAUCCACGGUAUCCAGCUGGGAUGUUGUAAUUUCUGGAUUCGAAAUAAGUUCGGCCAGAUUUUCGCCGGCCAUGGAGAGUUUCCGAUACAUAAGUCUACCUCUUCUGCUGCUUGUAACUGCUUGCCUCGCAACCGACGGACUCUUUGGCUCAUCGAUGUAUCAAAAUGGUGAGCCUUUUAUAGAUAUACCAGAAUACGAUCUACUACACGCAAUCGGAGUGCCCUUCAGCAACCCAAAGACCCAAUAUUUCGACGAGGGUCUAGACGGAUUUCCUGCUUAUGGCCUAAUGCCAGGGUCCGAUAUAAAAUCGCCAUAUCGACUAUUCAUGCCAGAGAAGCUUUACUCCGAAUUUUCGAUAACAGCAACAGUACGACCAGCUAAUAAAGAUGGCGGAUUCUUGUUCUCCGUUGUCAAUCCUCUGGAGACUGUGGUUCAGCUGGGAGUUCAGUUGAUACCUUCAGGACCAGGACUGAUGAACAUAUCCCUACUGUAUACUGAUGCUAACAUUUAUGCGUUCUCGCAGACAAUUGCUUCAUUUGUAGUACCGACCUUCGCUAAGAAGUGGAGCAGGUUCGCUUUGAAAGUGUCCUUGGAAAACGUGACACUUUACCUGAACUGCCACGAAUUUGACACAGUGGUGGUAAGAAGGAACCCCCUGGAACUGGUCUUCGAUUCAGCGUCUACUCUUUACGUAGGACAGGCGGGGCCAUUGAUAAGGGGCGCUUUUCACGGAGCGUUUCAAGAGCUGAAGCUAUACGGAUCGCCCUCACAGGCCGAGGUGCAAUGUGUCAACACUUUCGAGGAAAUAGAUAAAAGCGGCGAAGGAGACGAAAUCGAUAUUGACAACUUCUUGGUGGACCAGGAGGAAGACAGCGAGGGUUCAGGGAGAUAUGGAACGAUACCGCCAUUUCCGCCUCCACCUCCGGGCUUAGAUGGUUACUCUCUCAGACUUCGUGGAGAUAAAGGAGAAAGAGGACCGAGGGGACCCCCAGGGGAAUCAAUCAGGGGUCCGCCAGGUCCUCCCGGGCCGCCCGGGCCCCCCGGUCCUCCAGGGACCGCUACCGAGAGCUCUGGAUCUGGUGAUGAUAGGAGCUCCGUAAAGCAAAUUUUCGGGGAAAACUACGCUUCACUUGGACAAUGCGGUUGUAAUGCUAGUACUAUCAUGUCUUUGCUACAAACUGCGCCUGAAUUAAGGGGGCCACCUGGUCCCCCGGGGAUGAUCGGAGCAGAUGGAAGGGCUGGUCCUCCUGGUAUGCCGGGUCAGCCUGGUACUCCUGGUGAGCGUGGGCCCGUAGGACCCCGCGGUGAUAAAGGCGAUCGUGGAGACGCCGGUACAAGAGGUCACGAAGGACAACCCGGCCCUAAAGGUGAAGCCGGUGUGGACGGACGACCUGGUACUGCUGGCCCUCCGGGGCCUCCUGGACCACCAGGAACACCAGAUUACAGCAAUUUCGAAUCCAAUUGGAAACCUAGACAAAUAUAUAAGGAAUCUUUAAUGGGAGCAUAUGGAAGUGCUAUCGGUAGACCUGGUGCUCCUGGGCCAAAAGGUGAUUCGGGGCAACCUGGCCCAAUGGGACCGCAGGGAGAAAGAGGAUUCCCUGGACAAAAGGGAGAGAGAGGACAGAAUGGUGCGGUAGGCGCCAAAGGGGAUCGGGGUCAUCCGGGACCUCAAGGCGAUCGUGGUGUUAAAGGUGAUCGUGGAAACCCAGGAUUCGACGGAAGACCAGGCAUUCCUGGUGCCAACGGACGUCCAGCAGAUAAAGGCGAAAAGGGUGAACGUGGGGAGCCAGGACCUCCAGGGUCACCACCAGCUGGAGUUUUUAAUGCUGCAGAUCCAGAAUUUAUGGUUGCAGGGUCGCAAGUGACAGGUGCUAAGGGUGACAAGGGAGAAAAGGGUGAAAAAGGAACUCGAGGUAAUGAUGGCCCACCAGGGUUCCCAGGGAAGGACGGGAAGCAAGGGGAACGAGGUGACAUUGGACCUUCAGGUCUACCAGGCAUGGCCGGAUCCCCUGGACCACAGGGCUUUAAGGGAGACCGAGGAGAAAGAGGCCCUCCAGGACCUAUCAGUGUUGCUUCAGCAGGGACCGAUAUCAUAACUAUUAAGGGUGAUAAAGGAGAACCAGGUGCCCGCGGGCGUAGGGGCCGCAGCGGGCCAGGGGGCGCGCGGGGGGCCACGGGCGCCCCCGGACCGCCCGGGCCCGCCGGCCGCCCCGGGGACAAGGGGGACACUGGACUACCCGGCUGGAUGAAUUCCAAGGGCCGUCCGGGAACCCUGGGCCCGCCAGGAGCACCAGGACCAGUUGGACCGAAAGGCGAAAAGGGCGACCCGGGAGUCAACAUUUUGGACGUCUCAAUGUUCAAAGGUGAAAAAGGCGAUCGGGGAUUCGACGGAGUACCAGGAGUACAAGGUCCACCCGGACCUCCAGGAAAACCAGUGUCCGAACCAGUGCAGUAUCUUCCUGGGCCGCCUGGCCCGCCCGGACCACCUGGUUCUCCCGGUACGCCUGGAGUAUCUGUGGUGGGUCCUAAAGGUGAACCAGGAGUCAGCUAUUACGAAGAGGGACCUGUCCACGGCAGUCCUAAAUUCUACGGGAGACCAGUCCUCAAGAGUCCUUUAGAUGAGCUCAAAGCGUUGAAAGAGUUGAAAGAUCUCAAAGAUAAAGAACGUGAUAGGGGAGGGUUCAGCGCGCGGAGUCAACCGGCGGAUGAAUCCAGCGCGCAGAAGACGGUUCCAGGGGCAGCCGUGUUCCAAACAACAGAAGAAAUGAUGAAGCUCGCCUCGUCCAGCCCGGUGGGCGCGCUGGCGUAUGUUGCAGAAGAACAAGCUUUGUUCGUCAAAGUUAAUUCCGGCUGGCAAUAUGUAUUGCUUGGCUCUCUAGUGACUCAGUCGAAGCCUCCGCCGACGCCGGCGCCAGCCCCCCUACCGAUGCCAGCGGCGAGCCUAGUUCAUGUACCGCCUAUCUCUAAUCUAGUCGAAAAUUCACCAACACCAAUCGGUCCUAGUCUUCGCAUGGCCGCGCUCAACGACCCGCUAUCGGGCAAUAUGCACGGCGUGCGCCGCGCGGACUACGCGUGCUACAGACAGGCGCGCCGCGCGGGGCUGCGGGGGACCUUCCGAGCCUUCCUCACCAGCAGAAUUCAGAAUUUAGAUUCGACAGUGAGAUACGCGGACCGCCACCUCCCUGUGCUGAAUACGCAAGGAGACGUGCUCUUCAAGUCAUUCUCGGACAUAUUUGACGGGAGCGGAGGGAUCGUGGCAGGGACCCCAAGGAUCUACAGUUUCAAUGGGAAAAACAUCAUCACUGAUUCGCAUUGGCCUCAGAAGUUGAUAUGGCACGGAUCUCACGCCAGCGGCGAGAGAGCAUUGGAUACCUUCUGCGAGGAAUGGCAGAGUAACGAUCCGACCAACAAGGGAAUGGCGGCUUCACUAUACUCGCACAAAAUAUUAUCACAGGAGAGAUAUUCGUGUAACAAUCAUUUCGCCGUGCUGUGCAUAGAGGCAACGUCAAAUGUCAGCGUACGAAGAAAAAGAGACACGUAUAGAUUUAAUACUACAGAAGAUUCAGGCGAAGACUACGAGAUGAGGCUGGACGAGUACGAAGAACUGAUCAACGAUAUAAUUGCUCAACCGCUUAGAUACAAUUAAUUAGGCAGAAACAAACUGUUUUUUUUUAAAUAUCAAAUUAUUCGAAAAAAAUCGAUUAAAAUCAUUUAAUAUCGAUUGAACUGUUUGUACUCUAUAAAAUAUUGCAUCGUAUUAUUGCAUUUAUAAAUUAAAUAUACGUAAUGCUUAAACGAAUGAUUCAUUCGAGACUUCGAAAUCUAAAAUUUAGACUAUGAUCGUUAGUUUUUAUUUUUGUUAAAAAUGAUAACGAUUAAUCAAGUUUACGUUUCACUCGAGACGAUCAAUAGGAUAUUUAACUAGCAAUUACUUUUUAAUACCAGAUGAUAUCACACUCAGCCCUAGUCGGUAAAUUAUAUAUAAUACGUGAUAUCAAAAUACUAUGAUACAUCUUAAAGGAAUUGAUUUAGAUGCUUAAAUGCCAAGAGAUUUUUUUUAAUAGAAUUGUGAAGCUUAUGAGAUUCCUAUUAAAAUAAGCUUAGCACGUUUCUAUUGUUAUGAAUUAAAUGGAACAUCGAAAUUUUAAGUUGCAAUAUGAAUAGUUGAACAUU